AUGGGCUUUGAUGAACAUGAGACCACAGUCGAGCUUCCACCAUCAGGUCCUGCUUACCGGAUCUAUAAGCGGAGAUUUUGGGGGUUAGCACAGCUUGUCUUGCUGAACAUUAUUGUUAGUUGGGAUUGGUUAACCUUUUCUGCCGUCUCAACCACCGCAGCCGAAUACUUUGACGUGUCUGAGAGCGCUAUUAAUUGGCUGAGUACUGGCUACAUGUUCGCUUUCUGCGUAGCGAGUCCUAUUGUCAUAGUCACCCUCAACAAAGGCGGCCCCAAACCGGCCAUAAUUGUUACCUCGUCUCUUCUCUUGGUGGGUAAUUGGAUCCGUUUCGCAGGGGCCAAAGCGAAUGGAGGCAUUUUCGGGGUGACCAUGUUCGGCCAGAUCCUAAUCGGUCUGGCCCAACCGUUCUGCCUCAGUGCUCCAACCAGAUAUAGCGACCUCUGGUUUUCAGACCGUGGACGAACCAGUGCGACGGCUGUAGCCACAUUGGCUAACCCACUUGGUGCUGCGCUGGGCCAAUUGAUCAACUCGUUCUGGGCGAGCAAGCCGCAUGAGGUUCCAGACAUGGUCUUAUACAUUUCGAUCAUGGCAACAGUCGCAUCCAUUCCAUCAUUUUUCAUUCCAGCAAAGCCCCCAACACCACCCAGCGCAUCGUCUGCCGCAAGCAAAACACCCCUCGUCCCAGCCAUCAAGCAGCUCAUCCGGACCCCCGAGUUCUGGCUUGUCCUGAUACCCUUUGGCAUCUACGUCGGUUUCUUCAAUAGCGUUUCGUCUCUCCUAAAUCAAAUCCUUUCUCCUUACAACUUCUCCGAGACAGAAGCCGGCAUCGCAGGUGGCAUCCUCAUUAUAGUCGGCCUCAUCUCCUCAGCUAUACUUUCCCCUCUCACCGACCGCUACAAGCACUACCUCGGCACAAUCCGUAUCCUGGUUCCCAUCGUCGCAGUCGCGUACAUCGCGCUCAUAUUUGCACCAUCCAGCCCGGCAGGCAUUGGUCCAUCGUACGCCAUAAUGGCCAUCUUAGGCGCCUCCUCCUUUGGCCUCCUCCCCGUAGUGCUCGAGUAUCUUGUCGAAAUUACGUACCCUUUCUCACCUGAGAUUGGAAGCACAAUUUGCUGGACUGCAGGUCAGUUGCUCGGCGCGGUGUUUAUUCUCGUCCAGGAUGCGCUCAAGGCGGGAGAUGACGCCCACCCGCCACUGAAUAUGCGCAGUGCGCUUAUCUUUUCUGCGGUGAUUGCCUGUGUGGCUGUGCCAUUCCCGAUCUGCAUUGGGCUUUUUGGGCGUGAUGUUAGAAGGCGCCGGCUUGAUUUCGAUAGAGGCGUGAACAUGGAUGAGGUGCAGGCGCAUCAAGCAGAGAGCGUCCGUAGCGCUGCUGGGGUUGGAGUGACUAGCGGAUGUCCAGCGGUAGAGUCCGGAAAAUCGACGUUCGGUCUCAACUUAAAGAUACCGUGGGGAAAGAACUAA